UUUAUGUUACAUCAAAUCAUCAUUUUCUUGAAAUUUGUGAAGUUGCUGUUUACUUGAAACAAUUGAUAUUAAAUGAAGAUGUUUUGUUGGGUUUAAUGGCAAAGAAGAUGAAGGAGAAAUUUGAUAAGUAUUGGGGUGAUCCAGAAAAAAUGAACAAAAUGAUUUUCAUUUCAUGUGUUUUGGAUCCUCGGUACAAGUUUGAUUCUGUUAGUUUUGCACUUGCGAAGAUGUUCGAAGAGAAAGGGCCAAUUAUCGCGAAGGGAGUACAUACAUACAUGACUUCAUUGUUUGAUGAGUAUGUAAAGUCUUAUUCAAAAGAUAAAGUUUGUCGUCCCUCUUCAUGUUUAUCUAACUCUUCAUUGGACACAAUGGAAACUUCAAAUGGAUCUUUUGGUUCUUUCUUUGAAGAAUUAAAAAGACAUAAAGCUGGGAUUGGAGGUUCAGAUUCUAAAUCAGAAUUGGAAAAAUAUCUAACAGAAGAAGUUGAAAAUGAAAUAGCAGACGGUAAUAUAUUGCUUUGGUGGAAAGUAAACUCACCUAGAUUCCCCAUUCUUGCUGAGAUGGCUCGGGAUGUAUUAUCUAUUCCUAUUUCAAGUGUUGCAUCUGAAUGUGCAUUUAGCACUGGAGGGCGUAUUCUUGAUUCAUUUAGGAGUUCAUUGACUCCUAAAUUGGUGGAAGUUCUCUUGUGCCUUCAAGAUUGGCUUCGAAGUGAGCCAUUACCUGUAAGUGUUGAGGAAGAUUUAGAUGUUCUCGAGCAACUAGAACAAGAUUUUGCCAAUCUUGGAAACGAACCCUGCGAUGAUGAUAUGUAGAAUCUUAGAUAGUUGUAAGUUAAAACUUUGGUGUAACCAUGCCUCGACUUUGUGGUCUCAAAGCUAUCUCACAUGUUUGGAGUCACUAUGAAAGGAUUGAAGAAGGUGAUGAUGGAUGGUGGAAAGUAAGAUGUAGUUAUUGUCAUCUUGUUUUAUGAAUUAUGUUUGGACUUUGGACAAUUGGACUUGUUAAUCCUAAGGUUGAUACUACUUUGCAUUGUUAUUAAUGUGUUUGAACUAUUACUUUGGAGUUUGGACAUUACUGUAUAUAUAUCUGUUUUUGGGUUGUGAAAGUUGGGAUCUUUUUAUCUCCUAUUUUUGUUAGAUUGGAAUUUGAGCUAUUUGCAUUUUGUAUGCACAGGCAAUUGAGGUACUGCCGUACUGGGUAUGUUUAGUUUGAGGC